AUGUUGGUGUUGCAGAGAUGGGAGAUGGGUUUGACAGCCAGGUCAGUUCGGUUCACGUGUUUGCCAAUAUGGGUCCAGGUAUGGGGUCUGCCUUUCGACCUCAUCAACGAGGAAGCGGGGCUGGAUAUCGGUCGGGGUAUCGGGCGAGUGAUGGAAGUAGACUGUAAGGAACUCGCGUCGAACCAGGCCCGCUUUCUGCGGAUUAGAGUGGAGAUACCGCUUGAGAAACCAAUACGGAGAGGCGGUCAGGUGGUAAGUCCAGAAGGCGACCAAGUCAAGGUUGCUUACAAGUACGAGAGGCUCGUCGGAAUGUGCUUUCAGUGUGGGGAGAUAGCAGCCAUAGCAGAAGCAUACUACAAAGAUUUGUUCACUGCUUCAACGGAACUUAGCAUGGAGGAUGUGCUAAGCUCUGUGGAUAACGUAGUGAUUGAAGAGAUGGCAAGGAGCUUGAUGUGUUCAUACACCGAGGAGGAGGUCCGGGCAGCCCUCUUCCAGAUGCACCCCUCUAAGUCACCAGGCCCGGACGGUAUGUCUCCCUUCUUUUUCCAAAGAUUUUGGCACGUUGUAGGGCACGACGUCACUGCAGCGAUUUUUUCUGUCUUACACUCAGGGAGGUACUUGCAUAAAAUGAACUAUACACAUAUUAUGCUAAUUCCUAAAAAGAAGGAUCCUCAACUCAUCACUGAAUACCGUCCUAUAAGUUUGGGUAACGUUGUCUCAAGGAUUAUCUCAAAAGUACUUGCGAAUCGGGUGAAACCUAUAUUAUCUAAUGUUAUCUCGGACUCCCAAAGUGCAUUUGUACCUGACCGGCUUAUCACAGAUAAUACUUCUGUUGCAUAUGAAAUGAUACACAGGAUGCGGAAUAGGCGGAGAGGGAAGGUCGGGCACAUGGCAGUCGAGCUUGAUGUUAGCAAGGCUUACAGUAGGGUGGAAUGGGAAUUCCUUGAAAAAAUCAUGUUGAGAAUCGGUUUUCCAAUGCAGUGGGUGGACCUCGCAAUGCUGACAGUACGUACAACCUCUUACUCCAUCAUUAUUAAUGGCGAACCUUGCGGAUAUGUCUCCCCCUCUAGAGGCAUCAAGCAAGGGGACCCAUUGUCUCCAUACCUCUUCCUUUUUUGCGCUGAAGGGUUCUCGUCCUUGCUGCGAAAGGCGACUGAAACCCGCCACUUGAAAGGACUUACUUCUUGUCAGGGUGGGGUGCGUAUCUCUCACCUUCUUUUCGCUGACGAUAGCCUACUGUUUAGUGAAGCAAAAACGGAUGAAUGUCGUCGGUUGAUGGACAUGCUAGCCCAGUACGAAAAGGCUUCAGAGCAGGUUAUUAAUCGCCAAAAGACUGCAUUGUUCUUUAGCAGGAACACACGUCGAGAGGUUCAAGAAAAUAUUCAGUCUAUGUUUGGGGCGCAGGCGUGGAGACUCAUCCAUGGGACACACUCGUUGUUCUACCGAGUGUACAAAGCAAGGUACUUCCCCACAUGCUCAUUCAUGGAGGCCGAACUUGGGUGCAACCCCUCUUACGUGUGGCGUAGUCUCCUCAAUGCUAGGGAGCUAAUUAGGAUGGGAUCCAUAUGGAAAAUCGGCGAUGGGAGCUCGGUUGGUAUUCAGUCUCACAAGUGGCUACCUCACACCCCGACUUUUCAUGAUGGGGUGGACUUGAUGUUAAGGGUGGUGGACUUUAUAAACCCACAAACUAAACAGUGGGACAGGGGGAAGGUCAAUGCUUGGUUUCAACCACCGUCGAGAGAUGAAGUUCUGCGGAUUCGCCUGGGGAGUUUAGAGGGUCGAGAUACACUAAUAUGGAAUGAAAAUAAGGCCCAAACGUUUUCGGUUCGAACUGCUUAUCAAGUAUCACUCCGGAUGAAUGGGACAGGGAACGACGAACACUCCAGGGUGCAAGAAGACAAGCCCAUGUGGAACUGGCUGUGGCAGUUACCUAUCCCUCCUAAGGUACGAAACUUCGUGUGGGGGGCUAGCUCAGAUAUCCUACCUACUCGAGCAAACUUAGCACGUCGGCGAGUACCCAUUGACCCUAAAUGUGCGGUGUGUGGUUCGAGUGAUGAGACGGUUCUCCAUAUCCUGUGGCAGUGCCCUUUAGCACGAAAUGUAUGGGCUCUUGUCAAAGGAAAAUUGCAGAAGAGUGACUCCUCGGCUAGGACGUUCUUCAGCUUAGCCCAAUCUUUAAAGGGAAGGUUGUCCCGCAAAGAAUUUGAGUUGUGGGCCAUGGUGACAUGGUCCAUAUGGAACGCGUGA